GAGAUAAAAUGUCAGUUGCAGUAAUGUCAUCCCAUGUAUCGAAGAUAUUUUUUCAUGUGGAGAUUCGCAAUCAGGCAAUUAUGUAUAUUUUUCGUCAUUCUUAACAUUAUUUCAAUUGUUUUCCUCCCUAAUAGUGAUGACCUCCCAAAUAAUUUCAGUACAGUACAGACAGAAAAUACGUCUACUUCAAAUUUGAAACUCCCUUUGAAAUUAUCGAAACCUAUCCACAUCACAACACUUGGGGACUUGUAUAAACGAGGAUAUUUUUAUGAGAACUCAAGACUUUGUCCAGGAGAAGGAAUAAAUAUUAAAGUUUUCAUAACUAUUUUUUCCAGCCCUACAAACAAAGAAAAUCGAAAAAUUAUACGAAUGACAUGGGGUCACUUCUCAAAACGCAGUGAUGUAGCCUUAGGUUUUUUGAUUGGAUCGUUCAAUAAUGAUACGUUAAGAAUAAAAUUGAAACAGGAACAACAUCUAUAUGGUGACAUAAUCCAAACCAAAUGUUUGGACUCUUAUGAAAACUUAACAUACAAAACGUUAUCAAUGUUAGAUUGGGUGAACCAAUUCUGUCCAAAAUCGAAAUUCAUUCUGAAAACUGAUGAUGACAUGUUCAUAAAUGUUUUGAAACUUCUUGACUUGAUUGAAACUAUACCAAAUGGAAAUUUUGCAAUGUAUGGAAAGAUUAUAGACAGAAUGACACGCUUUAAGGAUAAAAAUUGGAAGCAUUACUUGCCCACGGCUCAAUAUCCUCAUGAUGUUCUUCCAACGUAUCUUUGUGGUCCAGCAUACUUAAUUCCAGUUCACAUAGCUCAACUUUUACUUAAUGAGUCAUUGUCCCGACCACCUUUUAGACUUGAAGAUGUAUUCAUUAGUGGUAUAGUAGCGAAAAAAUUGAAAAUAAAAUUAGUACAUAUUUCUGGGUUCUACAAUUUUCAUAUGAAUAUUAAAGAAUGCAAUGCUCAAAAUCGAAUAAGUCUGCAUAAUAUGAACCAAGAUGAACAACUGCAAAUAUGGAAAAAUAUACACAAUCCUUUUAUAAGAUGCGGUUUACAAAAACUGAUACUGUUUUAAGUUCAGCAAAAAAAUAACACUACUGAGCUAUCUACUGUAUAUUUUCAGCAAUAAAACAGGUUGUUUUGUAUCA